CUUAACCUAAUCAAACGUGAAAACAUAACGAACAAGUAAAAUGAGAUAAACAAGAAAAGGCAACCCUAAAUUAGAGACUGCUGCCAGAUUUGAUCAAAGAGUGGAAGAGGGAGAGAGAAGAAAAGAGGAGGAAGUGGCAAGCUGAGGUGCUGAUUUAAUGAAGAAAAGAGUAAACAAUGUUGACAUAUUUCACCAGCCUUGCCUUGCCUUGCCAGACAACAGAGCAGUUUACCAGCCCAGCACAGGAGUUGAAUGAGAGGAGGGGCUUUGGUGCUUUGUCGUCUUGAUUGUGCUCUGGGUGUCAUGAUCCUUGCUUCAUUCCGGUUCGGAUGGGUUGAUGUGAUUCCAGGGUGAGAGUGUGAGUUGCGUGCAUGAGAGGAAUUUGGGAAUGUAUGAUGGAAGCAGGAAUUUGUUGGGUUCAUGAGGAGAGGCUCAGAUAGGCUGAGAUGCAGACUGGCUGUUUAUGAGAGGCAUGGAUGAACAGCGGUUGCUCAAGCCAGGCAUGCAAUUGUGAGGCAGGGAGGGACAAUGCAGAAUUUUUGAGGGGGUCGAUUCUUUGAAUUGGUUUCUGGGGCAGGACAGGGCACGGUUUGUGUUGUGGUGUGUUUGUAGUGAGGCAGGAUGAAUGCAGAAAUUUGCAGGUUUUGGGAGUGGGCCCAGGCUCAGGGAUGUAGCAUGGCAGACCUGAGAGUGGAAGGCAGAUCAUUUUUCACUCGUGAAAUUCUCCCAGCUGGUAGUACAGUGUUCACGGUUCCUUUCUCCAUUCUGAUGCACAUGGAUGCUGCAUUUGAUGACAAGACAUUCGGUGAGGUUUACAAAAAACUUUCUGCGGCUGGUGCCUCCGAACGAAUUGUAUUGACACUAUUCGUUGCUGUCGAGAAGGCGAAGGGAGAGAAUUCGUUUUGGUUCACUUACCUGUCUUCCUUACCACAAACCUUCAGUACUCCAUUGUGGUUCAAUGAGAAAGAACUUGAUAUCAUCCGGGGUACAAAAGUUGCGGCUUCUCUAAGUAAAGACCGUGCUGCAUUCAACCAGCUGGUGAAUUUUUGGGCACCAAGCUUGCAUAGUACGCUGACAAGCAGAGAUGAAAGUACGAAUGACUCAAUAGCCACAUUAUUGCGAACAGCUACACAGGAGUCAUCAUUGUUAUGGGCUCGCACUGUUGUUCUUUCACGAGGAUUCACUCUGUUACUUGAGGGGAAGCACGAAGUCACAUUAGUACCUCUUUUUGACCUUCUUGAUCAUUCUCCAUCGGCACGUGUUGAAUGGAUUACCGAUGAUGCGAAAAGGGAGGCCAAGUUCAUCAGUGCUUCUGAGCUUCAAGGAGGUGUUGAGGUUUAUAACAAUUAUGGCCAAAAAGCGAAUGACGAGCUGCUGCAAGGUUAUGGCUUUUGUUUGUGCCCGAAUCCCGCUGAUGUCUACUAUAUUCGCAUUGGAAUAUCUCCGUUACAGGAAAGACCUGCUAAUUGUGCUACCUCACCAGAAGAUGAUGAAAAAGCUUCUCGUGGGGACAGACAGGAGCUAAUGUGGAGAAUGGGCACAUCAGCUGAAUUUGCCCUAAGUCUUAAGCAACCGCUUCCAGACGCUCUUUUACAAACUGCACGAAUUUGCCUGCUCUCAGAUUCCGAAGCGUAUUCUGCUUUUGGCAUAGGCUGGAAUGCUGACAUGGGAGCUGCUGAAUUGGAGAUCUCAGCUACUGAGUUUCAAUCGAUUUCCAAUUUGAGAGAACUCCUCCUGACAUCCAUAGCACAAUUUUCCGGUGGACUGGACGUUGAGACAGAUAGGAAGUUGCUGACACAAGACUGUCAGGCUGGUGACAGUUUCUGUCAUUUGACAGAAAAGGAAAGGUUUGCGUUGAUGUAUAGACAAGGACAAAAGGAGAUUAUACACUCGACUUUGCAAGCCCUUGGAGGUCGUGCAGCUUCUUCUCUGGAUACAUGGGCACAAUGUCAGGGAACACCGGAGAUAGUCAUGCAGACGUCAGAUGAUACCCCCAACACCUACCAGAAGUGGUUGGACGACAGUGGUGUCACUUGCGAUUUCAUCAUUGAAAUUCUGACACGUGUCGGGGACCAACCAUGUUUGCAAUUGAAAAAGCAGUGUGCAACUGGUGACAUAUUAGCAUCUGUGCCGUCCCAUUUACUCUUUGUUUCGGAUUGUGCCACCAGUAAUGGUCAACAACUGCCACAUCCAUUAACGGAUUUGGUGAAGAACUUGGAGGAUAGGUCUGCGCUCAAGCUCUUACUCUUGUUUGAAUUUGGAAGAGGAAACGAUUCUUUGUGGGCUCCAUACAUCAAGCGUUUAGCCGAUCAUAUCGACACUCGGGACUACUACAAGGAUGAUAUGCUGGAAUUACUUGAAGGCACGAACCUCAUGCAGGAACUCAAUGAUCGUAUUCAACAUUUGCAACAUGAAUUUGGUAUGGUUCUGAAGCUUCUUCAAGACGAGCAUCUUCAGCAAGUUUCCAGUCAGACCUUCACACUGGAACGCUGGCUCUGGGCAGAUUCUGUGGUGGAAAGAUGUGCUCUUCUUGUUCAUUCUGAGGAAAUGUACCAAUCUUCCCGAGAACCUCACAGAAGAUUAGUACUGGCACCUGUACUAAGCUCCUUGCCUUCUGCUCUUAACGGGGCAGUUGUGGAAUGUGUCAUGGAAAGUAAAUCCUGUGCUCUUGUCAUACGAGCACUCUCCACUAUGAGGGCUGGUUCACUACUCUGUAUCCCACAAAGUGGCCUCGACAAUGAGUCACGAAUUCUACAGUUUGUAACAGAAACGGUUGUCCUGGACAACGAGCAUGAUUUCGUGGAGAUCGUCUUAGGAUCGAGUCCAGAGGAUCCUUACAGUGACUUGAAAGAAAAGUUGUCAAUGGCAUCGGGGUUGGGCCCCAUACAGUAUCUGAAGAGAAGUCCUAAAUCCACUCUGGCUCUUGCAUCUAUCGCCCUGCAUUCUUUAGACAGCGACGAGGACUUUGAUAAGUGUGGUGCAUUUGACUUGCUGAAACUAGUCAGUGAAGCAAAAUCCGCAGCAUCUCGUGGAGAAGAGAGCUGGUGUGCACCAACAGGAGAGGAUGUGGGCUCUUACGAACAUUUUGACAAGUAUCGGCAACAGGCCAAGGGUGCACAUUCUGCUGCAGCCUCAGCAGCUGAGCAGUUUGUGCGCACUUUACAAUCGCCUUCCAGAACUCGUCGGGCAGCCUCGACAUUCAGGAAGCUGCUUCAGAGCGUGCUUUCAAGCAUAGCCGGAAGCUCUGCAGAUGAUGACCGACAACUGUACGCAAGAAGCGGAGAUGCAGUGUGUUCCUAUCGCGCGAUGCUGGCUUAUCGUCACGGUCAGAAAGAGAUUCUGGAGAUCUGGGUACGACACCUCAAACAAGUUCUCAAGGAGCAGACCAAGGCCGCCAGUACGAAGAGAAUGAGAUUAUAA